UUGACAAGUAGACGAUGAUAAUCCGUCUCUGUUGAUCUAAAGUUUGGUUCCACUUCUACAUGGGACCCACGCCCAAACCUAGACCCAGAAGGCAAACCCAUUUUUCAAUCAACAACAGCCCUGGUUCAUCGAUAUACGUUCUACAAAACGACGUCAUUCUGAAGCCACUCCCUCUUCCUUUUAUCCUUGGGCAUCCUACAAGUCGAGUGAGUCCAACAUUCAAGUCAAAUGCAUCUUCAAUCCAAUUAAAUUCACCUCCUUCUUCACUUCUUUCCUCAGAACUUCCUGCCUGUUGCCGUAAUACGUCUCUGAAUCCCCAUGAAUCCUCCCACUUUUCCCAUGGAAUUUUCCGGCGAUCCACUUCCGACGACUAUCGUCGGAAGCGACGACCCACGGAUUCCGUUGCAAAACCUCUCUACCAUCCGUUCCAGAAUGGAUGCCGUCCAAAUCUUCCUAUCCGAUAACAUCGACAGAGAAGUUCGUAUCAGCAAUCAGCAGAUGGAUGCCGUUUCAUCUGAAAUCGUCACCGCAAUCCAACAGAUCAUCGUCCACGGUGCCGCUCUCCUAGCUUGUGCCCAAGCGAAAACCCCAACUGCGCCGGAUUUGACGGCUUCGACGACUCGAACUCAUCCGAAUCUUGUAACAGAGAAAUCAAUGGCGGAGCUGAAGGUCGAAGGCGUAGAUGAGAUUACAAGAACCGAAUCCGAGGAAUUUGACCCGGAUUGGGAAAUCGUGGAGCUGGAUGCGAUGGAAUUGCUAGCGGAGCACAUCCAUUUCUGCGAAAUCUGCGGGAAAGGGUUCAAGCGAGACGCGAAUUUGCGGAUGCAUAUGCGGGCCCAUGGGAAUCAAUUCAAAACACCAGAGGCGUUGGCCAAGCCGUUGGAUGUUGUUGGUGCGGACCACAGGGCGAAACGCACGCGAUUCUCGUGCCCUUACGACGGUUGUAUAAGGAACAAAAUGCACAAGAAAUUUAGGGCACUGAAAUCGUUGAUUUGCGUCAAGAAUCACUUCAAGCGUAGCCACUGCCCUAAGAUGUUCUCUUGCAAUCGUUGCAACAAGAAGAGUUUCUCUGUAAUGGCGGAUUUGAAAAGCCAUUUGAAGUACUGCGGUGAGUCGAAGUGGCGGUGUUCUUGUGGAACCACCUUCUCCCGUAAGGACAAGUUGUUUGGUCAUAUGGCGUUGUUCGAAGGCCACAUGCCAGCAGUGCCCGAUGACGCUAGUGCCACGGCGGCGACGACGUCGGAGAUGGAUGAAGAUGGGGAUAGCAAUCAUUCGAAGGAUGUUAAUUUCCAAAACGCCUCCAAUAGUUCUUCGGGUGAUGGAUCUUUUGAAUCGUUUCUUGAUGGGUUUGGUUCGAUUGAGAAUCACUGUUUGCAAGAAGUGCUGGGAUUCCCCUAUGAUUUCGAUUCGGAACCAGAAUGGAAAUUUUGUGGUUUUUGAUGUUUGGGAUUUAGUGUUUGUCUGUUUAGAGAUCUGUACAUAUGAAAUUCUUUGCAUAGAAUUGGUAACUUCUAUCAGUCUGAACUUUAAUUCAUUUGCCUCUUCAUUAUUAUUAGAUUUGGAAAGUCUUAUCAGUCUGAGUUUCAUUUGCAUC